AACAUUUCACAAUUACACGCAAAAAAAGGGCAAUAAGCGCAGCGACGGGGCUGCACUGUCGUCCCAGGCUGCAUGGGCGUCCUGUAAUGUGCAUCAGUGAAGCUGAUGUCGGACUGCUUUGUUGUCGCGCGACAACACCCCGGCUCCACUGCGGCGGAGGGCUGUGAGCGGAGGAGCAGCACGGCAUGAGCGCAGCCCUCCGCUCCGUUUGACGCCACACAUCAUCACUGCAGCGCCCAGCGCGUCUCCAUCUGCCAUGCAGGAGCCCGAGAACGGAGAGGGAGAGGGGGCGGCCACGGCCGAGGUGCAGGUGAACGAGCAGCCCAACGCGCUCAUCGCCUGCAAAGUCCCCGAGGAGGUCUUCAACGCCAGACAUUUAAAGGAUCAAUUCGAGGCGCUCUUUCGACAGUUUGAUGCCAGCGCGUCUUUCCAGUUCUUCAAAAGCUUCCGGCGUGUCCGCAUCAACUUCACUGAUGCACUGGCUGCUGCUGAGGCCAGAGUGAAGCUCCACAAGAGUGAUUUUAAUGGCAAAGAGAUGCGCCUCUAUUUUGCUCAGUCUGUGCAUAUAGGCAGUCCUCGACUAGAGCCCCCAAAGCCAGAGAAGCAGUUCCUCAUCUCUCCACCUGCCUCGCCUCCAGUGGGCUGGGAGCAAUCUCAGGACGCUACACCAGUCAUUAACUAUGACCUGCUCUGCGCUGUCUCCAAACUCGGCCCAGGUGAGCAGUACGAGUUGCACACUGGAACCACCACCACCCCCAGUGUGAUAGUCCAUGUGUGUGAGGAUGAUAGCUCGGGUGGUGAGGAAGAAACAGAGGGAGGGAAGCGUGCCCGACCCAAAAUCAUCCAGACCCGGCGCCCAGAUUAUGCCCCCUCUGUCAAACAGUGAAUGAAGAAGUCUAUGACAUUUCAUCUAGUUGACCGUCCUGGCAAGCUCCAGGAUUUACAGUCAUGCAGUUUGUCCUCCCUACUGCCAGGGGGCAGCAAGUGUCUGAUAGGGAGUUACCCAUCUUCAUCAUCUCAUAUGGGUUUGAAUUCAUACUGGUUUAUUACAAUGGAACCAGAGGUUUAGAGGUCUGACUGUUUUUAUUUCAUUUAACAAAUGUUUCUUGGGUGUACUUAAACUGAGAAAGUGACAUUUGGGUGUGCUAGCCUGUUUUUAUUUUUUUCCACUUGAAUUGAAAAAUGUUUUUGUCUAGCACAGAGAACGUGCUCUUGUCUGGAUGUUGACUGUACACUGUCAGGGGCUAAUUAGUCCUGCUAAUUGUCAUUAUCUGUAUAGCCUGUUGUCUCUGUCUAUGUUGACUCUUGUCUUUGCAAAAUUGUUGUUAUUGUUGCUGAAAUUUCCACAAUCUCCUCUGAAUAUUAUGCACUUUAAGAAUAGAGCCUUAUAAUGUGGUACACCUAACAUUAUUAAGUAUUUGUCGCAGAGUAUUGGCUAUGUUAUCUGCAUUGCUCUGUUGUGCUUUACUGUCUGUAGAGGUUGCGUUUGUCAUCACCAAUGUCAGAGGAUAAAGAAAAUUUUACAAUGGAUCCUGUGAUUUUCAGCAAAAUUAGCGUACUGUAUAUACAGUAUUUGUUGUAUUUGAAUGUAGCCCAUAUUUGUUGAAUACGCUUCAGGAUUUGUCUUGAAUGAAGUAAUCUCAUUCUUAGGCUGCAAGAAUAUGAGCUAGAGGGAACAUUAGCCUACUGUUAAUAAAACAGUACUGACCAAACUGA